AUGGACUUUUCGUAUUCCCCACACGGUGAGGCGGGCGGCACGCUGCACUUACCCUCCCCCACCCAAGGGCACAGCUACCGCGUUGACGGGUUCCCGUCCAUCAAACAACUUCGCCGGUCACUGUCGCGCUCGCCGUCAAAACCAUCGCGUUUCCAGCUCUACUCAGCCAAGUCGCCAAAAUCCCCGAACUCGCCACUUUCACCACUCGCUCUUUCACGGGCAUUCAGUCCGAGGUCAGCAAAGGACCAGGUCACAACAUCGGCUAACUCGUUCUCACCACCAGACGCGCCGCCUCCAGUGACGACCAAGAAGACGGGCAAGUUCGUACUCCGGCGACCUGCGCCGUUUCGGUCAUCGCCAAGGACGCGAGCGACCUCAAGGGACCCUAUGCGCCGCGCUCUCAGCGAUUCCGCAAGCCAGGGCAACGCCACGCCUCCACUGUCACGCCGUACCUCCGGAGAGGAAAACGAUGGUGCCGAUGGUGAAAAUUCCACCGGAAGUUUUAAGACCAAGGUGGAUCCGCGAAGCCCACGUGGCGAAGCCAGCGAUGUGCCGAUGAAGUUCGACUUCGCGCGGUCGAAGUUGGAAGUUAGUACGACCACGGCCAAAUCUAGUCCACUCAAGCGGAGCGACGGUAUCAUGAAUCUUGAUGCCAGCCUUGGAAGCCCCGUUGCGAAGAGGAGGAGUUUACACAGCACAUCCUUCGGCGCAGACUUCGACAUCUUCGAUCAUGGGGCGCUGCCAAGUAAUACUGAUGGAAGUGGUGAUUCUGAUCGGGAGAUGACCAACUACACCUUCGCUUCGCCAGCCCCCAAACGGACAUCGCCACCCAGAAAAUCACUCUCUCUUCGCAAGUCGACACUUCAACAGCGAUAUGGAUCGAACGCAGUAAGGUCUAAGCCGCCAGCCACGCAAGAUCAGGAAUUUGCCGUACCCGGCCAGGCAGCAUCAAAAACUCGGAACCGAUCAGGCUUCGACACCUCAUUUGGGUUUGGCAGUCAAAACACACAAUUCCCUCUGCGCCGCAGCACACCGUUCGAGUCGAUCCCGUCAUUUUCGCCCCAGAUUACCGUGCCACAUCGUCCCGCUCCGCCAAACCCGCAACCACAUCCCCUAUCUCAUGCUUUGACGCCGUCAUCAUCAACCUCAAGCAUGGCGGAUGAUUUGCCCGCCGUAUCAGCUGCACCAGCGCCGCCUAUCGCACCUGAAAGGCCUCGACGACCGCCAGGCUUCUCUAGGUCACUACCUAUUGGUGCUUGCCGACCCAGAGCACUGACACACGAAGCCGCAGACGACGAGUCAGCGCAGUUUGCGACGCCAGAAGCUUACAAGAUGGCCAAGCCGCUUCCAGCAGCGUUCAUGUCAACGGGCCUAAUCUCGAAGAGGAACCGAAAUGUCGACGUUCCUCUUGCUGGAUCAGUCGCAAGCUAUGCCAUGCCCGAUACGCCAUCCAAGCGGGUUUCAUUUCCACCAAUGACGGGAACGCCUUUCCGUAGCAGCUUCCCGAGUGUUUCGAAGCCGCUUCAUGAAUUUGGAACACCUACCACGCCCUUUAGUUCUCACGCGACAAAACCCUCGCCCGAGUCCUUCGGCCAAGGCGUGAGCAUUUUCGGUACGCGCUUCGGAACCGGCAAACCAGUGCGUCGCGGAAGCUUUAUAAGCAUCGACGGCGACGAGAACUCGCAAUCUCCCUCGGGUCACAUGGACAGUCAGUCAAGCGCCGAUGAGCUUCCGCCGACCCCGACGAAGAAUGCUGGUGAGGGCAAGAGAAGCGGGCGCUCGAAGGAGAACAGUUUGCGCAGCAGUCUCUUUGGGCGUCGCACAUCACUCGGUCCCGAUACCUUUAACGCUUCCGAGCGCUCAUCGCCCCAUACUCCCCAAGAUACAUUCUUACCUCCCGAUCCGAGUGGCUUGUCCAUAUCCGCUCAAGGCAACCGUCGUGGUUCAUUGCCGUUCAACAGCAGCACGGCCAGUUUCCCGCCCGCCACCCCAACAGGAAACCGCGACUCGAUAUUCCUCUUCGGCAACAGUCAGUCUGGUGUUGCUCCCAUAGCAGUGACCCAGAACGAUGUCGACACUACUUUGACGUCAAGGUUUGGUACGGUGGCCUUGCUCGGUGUCGGCGAGUUCUCGCAAGUCUACCGCGUCGAGAAGAGUCCUGAACAAUCCAUGUCCGACUCCUCACAGUCGUCACUUUCCAUCGGCAACGUGUGGGCUGUGAAGAAGACGAAACGUCCAUUCACGGGUCAGCGAGAUAGGGAACGAAAACUCCGCGAGGUGCAUAUACUGGAAGCAUUGCGAGGUCACGACCACGUGAUCAACUUCACCGACAGCUGGGAAUCUAAAGGGCACCUUUACAUCCAGACAGAAUUCUGUGAGAAUGGGAAUCUCAAAGACUUUCUCACUCAAGCCGGCUUUAAGGCACGACUGGAUGACUUCCGGAUUUGGAAGAUACUGCUCGAGCUGUCACAAGGCAUCAAGUUUAUUCACGACUCUGGAUUCAUCCACCUUGACCUGAAGCCCGCUAACGUCUUCGUUGACUGGGAGGGAGUUCUGAAGAUUGGCGACUUCGGCCUGGCAAGCACCUGGCCGGCUCCGCCAGAGAUCGAUGGUGAGGGAGAUCGUGAAUACAUCGGCCCUGAGAUCCUAUCUGGACGCUUCGACAAGCCAGCCGACGUCUUUGCACUCGGCAUGAUUAUGCUUGAGAUUGCUGGGAACAUCAUACUUCCGGACAACGGCACCUCCUGGCAGCGUCUGAGGACCGGCGACUGGACCGAUAUUCCGAGUCUUACAUGGAGCUCUGAGAGCACACUUGCGCGGGACGAGUCUGGUGACCCUAUCGAUCUCCUCUCGGCGAACGAUGCCAACGACUCAUUUCUGGGCCUCGAUGCGGACGAUGACACCUUCCACUUCCUCAGGAAGUUAUCGCCCAGACGCCAGCGCCCGCACGACCUCGUCCAACCGCCAAACUUCAUGGUUGAUCCAGAUGACAAUGAAGCUCUCGACAAGCUUGUCCAUUGGAUGAUCUCCCCCAACCCAGAAGACCGGCCUGUGAUCGAUCAAGUGUACCGGUCAGGCGGUGUGCAAUGGGUCGAGAAGCGUCGACGGGCCGGUGCCACCAUCUACGAAGGAAACUUCGGUCCUGCAGACGACGUUCUCAACCACGAGCAGGAUGUCGACAUGACGGACGUUUAG